UGUGGCUCACACUCAUGACCAGGCCAGUGUAGCAGCCUUCCUGCCACUGCUGCUGCUCCUGCUGCUGCUUCCAUGUCUAAGUUUUUGCUCAGAAGUGGAUCUUUGGUGACAAAAUGGGCAUUUUUUUUGUUUUAAGGGAAUAAUGAGAUCUCUCCUGAAGAUGUUUCCACAAUCAGGGAAAUCCAUCGUCUUUGACAACUUUCCAGAUCCCACUGACACCUGGGAAAUCAUCGAGACGAUCGGGAAAGGGACGUAUGGGAAAGUCUACAAGGUGCUCAACAAAAGUGAUGGAAGUAAAGCUGCAGUGAAGAUACUGGAUCCCAUCCAUGACAUUGACGAGGAGAUCGAGGCGGAGUAUAACAUCCUCAAAGCUCUGUCUGACCACUCCAAUGUGGUCAAGUUUUUUGGGAUGUACUACAAGAAGGAUGUGAAGUGUGGAGAUCAACUGUGGCUUGUACUGGAGCUUUGCAACGGCGGCUCGGUCACAGAGCUGGCCAAAGGCAUGCUGAGGAGGGGGGACACAAUGGAUGAAGCCAUUAUUGCCUACAUCCUGCACGAGGCCCUCAUGGGUCUUCAACAUCUGCACGUCAACAAGACCAUCCACCGCGACAUCAAGGGCAACAACAUCCUGCUGACGACGCAGGGAGGUGUCAAACUGGUGGACUUUGGUGUCUCAGCUCAGCUGACAAACACACGUCUGAGGAGGAACACGUCUGUAGGAACUCCCUUCUGGAUGGCUCCUGAGGUGAUCGCAUGUGAGCAGCAGCUGGACUCGACCUACGACGCUCGCUGCGACGUUUGGUCCUUGGGCAUCACAGCCAUCGAGCUGGGAGAUGGAGACCCGCCCCUUUCUGAGCUUCACCCAAUGAGAGCCCUGUUCAAGAUACCCAGAAAUCCUCCUCCGACUCUGCUCCAGCCCGAGCUGUGGUCCGACACCUUCAACGACUUCAUCUGCAAAUGUCUCAUCAAGGACUUUGAGCUAAGGCCAAAUGUGCUCGACCUGCUGCAGCAUGUGUUCAUCACACAGAUUGUGGGCAAAGAGAAAUUACUGCAGAAGCAAUUGAUUGAGCUCAUUGAUCUCAACCAGCAAGUUGUCAUUGAAAAAACAAGCCCUCAUGGAAAAACAGUCAGAGGCUCAGACAGUAACGACAGGCAUGAACGCAUCAACACUAAAAAAGGAAGCCACACGAUGACGCAACCCGAACCGGACGAGGUGGAUGACCUCGCCACGCUGGAAGUUCUCGAUGAGAACACGGUUACAGAGCAGCUUCAGAGUCGCUAUGGAAGAGAUGACAUUUACACGUAUGUGGGGGACAUCCUCAUCGCCGUCAAUCCUUUUCAUAAGAUGGAUAUUUACACGCCUCAGUUCUCUAAGAUGUACAUCGGAGCUAAACGCACGGCCAACCCACCGCACAUCUUUGCUGUGGCUGAUACCGCCUACCAGUCCAUGGUGUCCUACAACACAGACCAGUGUGUUGUGAUCAGUGGCGAGAGUGGAGCGGGGAAAACGGAGAGCGCUCAUCUGUUAGUGCAGCAGCUGACUGUUCUUGGAAAGGCCAAUAACCGCACGCUGCAGGAGAAGAUCCUGCUGGUCAACAGUCUGGUGGAGGCGUUUGGAAACGCCUGCACUGCCAUCAACGACAACUCCAGCCGCUUUGGCAAAUACUUGGAGAUGAAGUUCACCUGUGGGGGAACCGUGGUGGGAGCGCAGAUAUCCGACUAUCUGCUGGAGAAGUCCAGAGUCAUCCACCAGGCCAUAGGGGAAAGAAACUUCCACAUCUUCUACUAUAUUUACGCCGGAUUGGCUGACAGGAAGAAACUAGCCCACUACAAGCUCUCCGACAGCAAAACCCCUAAGUAUCUGUGGAACGAGCACAUUAAAUUAGGGCCUGACAUCGUGAGCAACACCUUCUACAAGGAGCAGUUUGAGGCAGUGGAGCAGUGUUUCAAAGUCAUUGGAUUCACCCUGGAGGAGCUGGGCAGUGUUUACAGCACCCUGGCUUCCAUCCUCAACGCCGGCGACAUCGAGUUCUGUCCAGUCGCCACAGAGCAUCAGACAGACAAGAGCAACAUCUCCAACAUUUCUGUACUGGAAAACGUGGCGUCACUGCUGCGCAUCCGCUCAGACGAGCUCCAGGAGGCGCUGACCUCCCACUGCGUGGUUGCCCGCGGAGAAACCAUCAUCCGGCCCAACACGGUGGAGAAAGCCGUGGUGGUGAGGGACGCCAUGGGCAAGGCUCUGUACGGCCGCCUCUUCAGCUGGAUCGUCAACCGCAUCAACGCGCUGCUGCGGCCCGACAGCCAGCCAGAAGAGGACGACAAGGGCUUCAACAUCGGCAUCCUCGACAUCUUCGGUUUCGAGAACUUCAAGAAGAACUCCUUCGAGCAGCUGUGCAUCAACAUCGCCAACGAGCAGAUCCAGUUCUACUUCAACCAGCACAUCUUCGCAUGGGAACAGGAUGAAUACCUGAAUGAGGAGGUGGACGCUCGGAUGAUUGAGUACGAGGACAACCGUCCUCUGCUGGACCUCUUCUUACAGAAGCCCAUGGGGAUGCUCUCGCUCCUGGACGAGGAGAGUCGGUUCCCUCAAGGCACCGAUCAGACCCUCGUAGAGAAAUUUGAGAAUAAUCUCAAGACCAAAAACUUCUGGAGACCAAAGAGGGUCGACCUUGGCUUUGGGAUCCACCACUACGCUGGAAAGGUGAUCUACAACGCCGCAGGCUUUUUGGCCAAAAACAGAGACACGCUUCCAGCCGACAUCAUCCUGCUGCUCAGGUCGUCGGAGAACGAGCUCAUUCGUAAACUUGUCACUCAUCCUCUCACCAAAACGGGUAACCUCGCUCACAGCAGAGGAAAAGGCCCGAAUACAAUGCGUCGCCCGCGGACGCCGACACGCAGCGCCACCCUCGCCAAGAUGGGAGUGCUCACCUUAUACUCUUCGUUUGGUUUCAGUGAGGGGGGUGAACAGGGAGAUGUACCUUACCACCCGAGAGAAACAACCAACAUGAGAACACAGACAGUGGCCUCCUACUUCAGAUACUCUCUGAUGGACCUGCUCUCCAAGAUGGUGGCCGGACAGCCGCACUUUGUGCGCUGUAUCAAACCUAACAACGAUCGCCAAGCCAGCAAGUUUGACCGGGAGAAGGUUCUGCUCCAGCUGCGUUACACCGGCGUCCUGGAGACCGCCAAGAUCAGGCGUCAGGGUUUCUCUCACCGCGUCCUGUUUGCCAACUUCAUCAAGAGGUAUUUCAUGUUGGCAUUUCCUGCACAUGAGGAACCAGCUGUGUCUCCAGAAACCUGUGCUACAAUACUGGAGAAGGCCAAGCUGGAGAACUGGGCAAUGGGCAAGACUAAAAUUUUCCUGAAAUACUACCAUGUCGAGCACCUAAACUUGAUGGUACAACAGGCCACACAUCGCAUCGUUCUGCUCCAGGCUUAUGUCCGAGGCUGGCUGGGAGCGAAACGUUACCAGCGGACGUUAAAAGACAGAGAACAGAGUGCUCUGGUGCUGCAAUCAGCGUACAGAGGUCAUAAAGUUCGGAAGCAGGUCGCCGAUGACAAAAGCAAAGUAAAGUUUGAGGCCUUCAUCGUCCAGUUUCAGGCUGUUUGCAGGGGUUAUCUCGUAAAAAAGAAAUACAAGGAGCUGGUAGAUGAAAAGAACAAGGCUGCAACCAAGAUUCAGGCACAAUACAGAGGGCACAAGGAGAGGAAAAGCUUCAAGAGAAAACGGGAAGAGCGAGAGAAAGCAAAUAAUUCUCUUAAAGAAAAGGAGGAACAGUCGCCUGAACCGGAGAAAAGCACAGAUGAUGAAAAUGCCUCAACUCCAGAACCUACAGCAGAGAACGUGGAGGAUGAAGCUAAAGCUGCUGUGGUUCUCCAGAGCAACUACAGGGGCUACAGAGAGAGGAAAAAGUUUAAAGAGAGAAACAAUACCAUGGCUGGUGCUGAGCGAGAGUUACCAAACACUGUGGUGGAAGAGAACGUGGGAAAAGGUGGACAAGGAGAAGAAGAAGAAGGGGAGACGGGUGAUGAACGAGAGGACAAUGACGAGGAUGAAGAAAGUACCUUUAAAGCAGAGGAAACUGAUGACAGUGAUCAAACACAGGUGCCUGAAGAUGAUGAACUUACAGAAGUAGCAGAUGAGGCAGUGAUUGUGGAUGCGACUGCAGCAGAUGCUGGAAAAGAAGAGGAGAACAUGGAGAAUGGACAGGAAAAUGCUGCAGGGGAAGGUGCCACUAACUUGGAGGAGGAAGCCAAGGCAGCCACUGUUAUCCAGAGCAACUUCAGAGGUCACAAAGAGAGGAGGAAGUUGCAAGAAGAAGGAAAAAUCCCUGCUAAGAAACAGAAAUCCAGCCCAACUGGUGAAGGAGCAGCUUCAACAGGGGUCAGCACUACAGCAGAUGGAGAUUUUCCUGAAGUUCAAACGCCAGCAGAGGAGAUCUGUAGUGAUGAAAACAAGCACCAGCCAAAGGAAGAUGAAGAAGUAGGAGCGGUUUCUCCUGGUGAUGUCACUUUAGAGGACCAAGACGAGACCAAAGCAGCUGUGGUGAUUCAGAGCAACUUCCGUGGCCACAAGGAGCGAAAACGACUUGAGGAGGAAGGCAAGAUCCCCAAGAAAGGGAAGACGAAUGACAAGGUUAUUCCUCCAAAAGAAGGAGAAGAAGAGGUGAUGCAUGUGGAAGAGUCAUUGCAAGAUGCAUCUGCUGAGAACCAGGAUGAACUGGACGAGGAAAAGGCAGCCACUGUCCUCCAAAGUAACUUCAGAGGUCAUCAGGGCAGAAAGAAGCUGAAAGCUGAGAGAGAAGCUCAGGGUAGAGCACAGGAAGGUGCAGAAGACAAGGAGGAAGAGGAGGAGGUACCCCUUGAUGUUACAGACAUAGAGAUUGAAUAUAAUGAUGAGGCAGAUGCUGAGAGGGAACGGGUGGAGGAAGAACAGGCUGCUGUGAAGAUCCAGAGUAACUUCAGAGGAUACAAGGACAGGAAGAACCUGAAGGCCAACAAAGACACAGCACAGAGUGAAGCUGAGCAACUACAGAGCUUCUCAGAGGAGAUCUCAAAGACCUCUCAGGACUUUGUCACCCUGCAGCAGAAGUUGAAUGAGGUCAUCCAGGCACGCCAAUCAAACCCAGACAAGAGGAACGCAAUCAAUGGCCUCGCCCCCCAGGAUCACCAAUCAAGCGACAAGAGACUGUCGAGGACGCCCCGCAGGAGCCAGCAGCCAAAGACACUGAACACACCAGAGGACUCCACUUAUUACAACCUGAUUCAUCGAUCCAUCCAGGAUGAUAAACGCAAGCCCAGGAAAGACGAUCCAGGGAAGCUGCUGGACGUGGACGACCACUACUACGAGAACCUCUGCUCCAGCAGGUCUGAGCCCCUCAUGUCCUCAGAGGAGACAUCUCGCAGGAUCAGCGGCGGUGGCAGCUUCUCUGAGCGGCGGCGGUCGACAUCAACCCGGUGCAGACAAGGUGCAGACCUGAAACCGGCUGCUGCAGGUAGACAGACCAGAGAGAGAGCCGUCACCGAACCAGAACCUCCCAAACCUGCCAAAGACAACAGGCACUCCGUCCCCAGGAUGUCCUCAACGGAGAGUCAUGCAGAUGACAACCCAUAUGACUUCAGACACCUGCUGAGGAAGACGUCGCAGAGGAAGAAGCUCAUCAGACAGUACUGAACGCAGCGGCGUCUCUCAUGCUCGCACACAUCUUAACUUAAAUGUAAAUAGCAGAAUGUGAAAAAAAAUGUCAUCCAUAAUAGUUAUUUUUGGUAAAUAUUGUUUUAUAAAGUAUAUAAAUGAUGUAAAUGUGCAUUUUAAACCACUCUGAGUCAUGAAAUGUUGGAAAAACAUUGUACGUUUGUCAAUUUAAAACCAAAUAAAACACCAUGACUUUCCAUUUA